UAUGACUUCUCAAGAUUACAGCCCCUCAAGAAACUAUGUAUCUGCGAAAAUGUAAUUCUAUAAAUAUAUACCGUUUAGCUGCUCCGAUCACACCAUCGAACAGUUGUGACUAGCAGUGCCUGCAACAAGAAGUACGUACAGGAGAAAAUGCUAGUGUCUUCGUCUAUAAGCUAAUCAAAAGAAUAAACACGACAUAGCCAUCCCCAUCCAUUCGAACCUAUCAACAAUGGCCAUGAGGAUUUUCUUCUUAAUCCUUUCCUUUGCAUUGCUCGCUCUUUGUACUUCCGCAGACCCGGUUAAUUUUGGCUAUUAUGGUGCAAAUGGUCCUCAGAAAUGGGGCAGCUUAAGUCCAAGUUUCUCAGCUUGCUCAAAAGGGAAAGCUCAGUCCCCUGUGGACCUUAGGAAGGAGAAUAUCGUGUACAGUAAGCAAUUGAAGCCCUUGGAACGACACUAUCAUUGUUCAAACGCCUCACUAGUUAACAACGGAUUCAACAUUGGGGUUCAUUUUGAAGGGAAAGUGGGUAAUUUGAGAAUAGAUGGUCAAGAUUUUUACCUGAAACAGAUGCAUUGGCAUUCUCCUUCAGAGCACCGAGUUAGUGGGAAGCAAAUGGAGGCGGAACUGCAUCUAGUACACCAGAACGAAGAAGGAAGCUUUGCAGUUGUGGGAGUGCUGUAUAAAUUGGGUGAUUCAGAUCCUAUCAUCUCCAAGAUGGAGAAGAAGUUAGUUGAGUUGGCGAAUGAGAGCUCAGCAGGCUACGAGGGUGUCCAUAUUGAUCUUGGAACCUUUAAUGCAAGGCAUGUGAAGUUAAGGGCUCGAAGCUAUUACAGAUAUAUGGGUUCUCUGACCACUCCUCCAUGCAAAGAGAUCGUGACGUGGACCAUUCUGGGCAAGAUGAGGUCAAUCUCCAUUCAACAGGUCCAUCUUCUCAAGGCACCUCUGAGUCCUCAGUUCAAGAACAAUGCACGGCCUGUCCAGCCCCUCGAUGGCCGCAAAAUUCUCAAGUACACAGUUCAAGCUUAACAUGGCUCCCUAUUGCUUCCCCUGUUAAGUAGUAGACUGUCUUAGCUUUAAUCCUUUUAUUAUGAACUUUGAAUGCUCUCACAAUUACUCGGCUCGAGGUACUCCAGCUACUAAUCUUGAACUUUCACUUCCUGGCUAUGAUAUCGUAUAGAUUAUGUUAUGAUAAUAAUUAUCACUUCAAAAUA